UCCCCUUCCUUGGACCUUGUUCUCAAUCAUCACACCUCUUUCUCUACUUUCUUAAUUUUCUCUCACUUUCCCACAAAAAAUCCUCACUGAAUGAUCAUUCCCCUUCAUUGAAAUCAGAUUCUUUUUAUCGCUGGAGUCACACAACCUUGAGAAUUCGAGGAAUAGUUUUGAAGAAUAUCGACAAUGUGGUCCAACCGCGAGAAUAAUUUCCCGGCGAGGGGCUUCUCGACGCCACCGGCGUCGUGGAAGUUGCCACAUUGCCCGGUGGUGAUGCAGUUGUCCGAGAGGAAGAGUGUGUCAUCUGGGUGCAGGCGUGACCUUUUCCAUGUCAUUCAUAAAGUGCCUGCUGGUGAUUCUCCCUACGUCAGGGCCAAACACGUUCAGUUGGUAGAGAAGGAUCCAAGCAGGGCUAUUUCCUUGUUCUGGGCUGCUAUAAAUGAUGGGGAUCGGAUUGAUAGUGCCUUGAAAGACAUGGCAGUGGUAAUGAAACAGUUGAAUCGAUCUGAUGAGGCAAUUGAGGCAAUCAAAUCUUUCCGUCAUCUCUGCCCUUAUGAUUCUCAGGAAUCUUUAGACAAUGUGCUAGUUGAACUCUAUAAGAGGUCUGGAAGAAUUGAUGAGGAGAUUGAAAUGCUGCAUCGCAAACUGAAGAACAUAGAAGAAGGUAUAGCUUUUGGUGGAAAGAGGACAAAGAUUGCAAGAUCUCAAGGGAAGAAGAUUCAAAUAACCAUUGAACAAGAAAGAUCAAGGAUAUUAGGGAACUUGGCCUGGGCUUACUUGCAGCAUCAUGAUUAUGGUUUGGCUGAACAGCAUUACAGGAAAGCUCUGUCCUUGGAGCCAGAUAAGAACAAGCGGUGCAACUUGGCAAUCUGCUUGCUGCAUAUGAACAGAAUUCCUGAAGCAAAAUCUCUGCUUCAGGCUGUAAGUGAUUCAUGUGGACACAAACAGAUGGACGAUUCCUAUGCUAAAUCUUUUGAGCGAGCUGUUGAGAUGCUGACUGAAUUAGAGUCAAAAUCAGUGUUAACGCCAAUUGGAGAGGACAAGCUGAAAGAAGUUGUUACCUCUACUGAAGGAGGUCGCGGGGACGUUUCUGGGUCCAUGGACUCCAGAAGGUGGGCAGAUGGACAGAAUAAAGAACCUGUGCUAUCAGAUAAGCAUAUUAGAGGAUCUGACUGUGGAAGCCACUCUGAGAACCAGGGCAACUUCGCAUGUUCAUUGUCUUCUCAACAAAAUGGAGUUGACAAUUACUGGAGGAAAGGUCUUUGUUUUGAAAACCCAGGUGAAAGAUCUACCUUUUCCAGCAAAAUGAAAGAAAAUUGGAUUGGUUCCACCGGAAAAGGACUAGCUUCAGCAAACAAGUUAAUGCUUGAUUCCCCUGCUGCUGUUCUAUAUACACAACCAAAAAGAGUUUCAUGGAGGUUUGGUGAAGGAGGCCAGAGAAGGGUUGGAUGGGAAGAGGAUUCAGUAGAGAAACCAUACAAACAAGUAUCUCAUAGUGUCAGGAAACUUGAUGGAGGACUACUAGAUUCAACAGAUGAAAAUUCAGAAGCUGAACUAUCAAAAUCUCAAUCCAGUUUUCUUUCACCUACUGAGAGAAAUUGGAGAGAGAGAUCAUGGACAGAGGUUGCUCAAGGGAAGAGCACAGGAGCAGCAGUUCUACUUCAGUUUUCACAACCCAGAAUCAAGUCUGACUCUCAGCAGGCAAGCUGCAGGAGGAAUGCGAGGGAAAGUGGUGAUUGGACGAGAUGUACAAAAGAAGACAGUAAUAUCUGUCCUAAAUAUCACUUGGAACAAACUAUAGUUGUUGAUGAUCCAAGACAAUCAGAAGCUUCCAUCGAUGGCAAAUGGGGUCAGAGUUUUGGUAUCAAUGUUUCUGGCAAGUUAAUGGUAUCAACUGAUAAUGUUGGAGAUAGAUGUCUUGGAAAGAACAGCUCAAGUAAUAAGAGCUGGGCAGAUAAGGUUGGAGAAGAAGAACAAAAAAUAUUAAGGGGAAAAGAUCUGAGCCGUUGUUUUGAUGAUGCUUGGAACUAUGAAGAAGAAUCUAAUGAUGAAAAUCAAGAUUCCAACACAAUUCAUGGAAGUACUUGCCCAAAGAGUCCAGUAGAAGCUAUAAACCAGAAAUUUGAAGCAUUUGAUCUAAGGGAUGGCUAUGAUACAUUCAUCAAUGCUGUUUCACCAAGAAAUCCAACAGUUCGGCGUUCUUUAUGUUUUGAUGCCAAGAAUGACUUGAAUAUGAGGAAGAAAAACAGGUUGCAGGUUUUCCAGGACAUUACUCCAUCUCCAGAUAGCCCAUGAGCUUGAAUAGAACAAAUGUGUUUGUAAUAUCAGUUGUUUGAACUGGUGUGAGUUUUAGCGUAGAAGGUCUCCUACUUUGCUUGGUGAGAGAGUCCAUGUAGCAUCAAGCUUUGUGUAUAUUCAUUGUUCAUCAUUCAGUACAUUGUAAAAUACAUAAUAUGAUUUGUGCCAUUGAUUCAGAUCUGCUA